AUGGAGCCGCCCUCUGCUGCGGCGCGGGCGGCGGCUGUGGCUGUGCCAAGGCCGCCGAGCUUCGCGUCGCAGACCAAUGCUCUCCUGCGCAAAAACCUCAUCUUCCAGAAACGUAAUAGGAAGGGAACCAUUCGGUUAAUCAUAGUUCCCAUAUAUCUCUGUCUCAUAAUCAGCGUUCUUCAAAGAGUCAUCAACAAUUUUCUAGAUAAGCCAAAAUACAGGUGUGGUUGCAAGUGCAUUGAUGUCAACGGCACAGGCCCUUGCCAAAAUAUGUGUGGAAUUCAGUACUCUACACUGGAUCAGGCACCUAGUUGCCCCAUUCCAAAUCCUCCAAAAUGGCCUUCUCUCGUGCAAGUACCCCUCCCAGAGUAUCGUGCUGUGCAGGAUUCCUCUGGCUUGUUUACAGGCUUCCCUGACGAAUCAUGUAGAAAGACACAAUCAUGCGCUGUCAGUAUACCCUUUGCUGGAGCAAACAGGACUCUAUCUAAUAGUAUCAUGCAGAACCUGUUCACAAGCUCACCGCUUUUAAAUAUUUCUGAUUACACAAGCAUAUCAAGUCUUUUGCUUGGUACAGAUGUACCAGGAUCUUCUACAGGAUUUGUUGAACCUGCUUUUAUCUCGGCUCGACCUAUAUAUGUUCUUCAACCACAAUGCAAGUCCAGUGCUCCAGUUACAAUCCCAAUUACCGUCGGUUCUGUUAAUGCCCAGAAAGAGAUAAAAUGUGUUCAAGGUUUACCCUUGUGGCGGAACAGUUCAGCAACAAUUAAUGAGGAAACAUUUCAGGGCUACCGGAAAGGGAAAACUGCUGAAGGGAUAAAUGAAAUUGCGAUGGGCUAUGAUUUCCAAGACUCAAAUGAGAAGCAUUUUAAUGUCCUUGCUUUGUAUAACUCGACGUAUGAGAAUGCCUCUUUCAUUCCAAUGCCAUUUGCACUUCUGCGCAUUCCACGCUCAUUGAACGCGGUAUCAAAUGCCUAUCUCCAACUUAUUCGAGGUUCAGGCGUAAAUAUGUUGCUCGAUUUCACAAAAGAAAUGCCUAAGCAAGCCACCCGUCUGACAUUUGAUUUUUCUGCUGUCGCCGGUCCACUAUUUUUCGAAUGGGUUGUUGUCUUGCUUUUUCCGGUUAUGCUGACCUACCUUGUAUAUGAGAAGCAACACAAGCUCCGAACAAUGAUGAAAAUGCAUGGACUUGGGGAUGGCCCUUACUGGAUUAUAUACUAUAUGUACUUCCUUAUUUUCUCCACAUUGUAUCUGAUUGUAUUUGUCAUUUUCGGAUCCAUCAUAGGUGUGAACUUUUUCAAGAUAAACGACUACAGUAUACAGUUUGUUUUCUUUUUCAGCUUCAUUAAUCUGCAGAUUGUGUUGGCCUUCCUAGCUUCAUCAUUCUUUUGGAAAGUUAACACUGCUCAAGCAAUUGCGUACCUGUACAUAUUUGGGUCUGGGUUGAUGGCAGGAUAUCUUAUUCGCAAUUUUAUUGAAGGGGGAAAAUUCCCAAGACACUGGAUUACAGUUCUGGAGAUAAUACCUGCAUUUUCUUUAUAUCGAGGACUAUAUGAGCUUGGCCAGUAUGCUGUUAGAUCUUCAGAAACAGGAAGCCGUGGCAUGCGAUGGAGUGAUUUAAAUGACCACACGAAUGGAAUGAGAGAUGUGUUAAUCAUUAUUAUUUUAGAAUGGUUGGUUUUGCUUCCUGUUGCAUAUUAUUUCGACCAUGCUUCUUCAAUUGGACACAAAUCUAGUCUCCUUUCUAUAAUCAAACAUCUCCUAAAGAAGGACCCCACUUCAAGAAGGAUAACUGUUAAUGACAUAGCUGAUAAGGAUGUUCACAUAGAGAUGGAGAAGCUAGAUAUUAUCAAAGAAAGAGAGACUGUUGAUCAAGUGCUACAGCAACAAACUAGUGGCUAUGCUGUUGUCUGUGAUGACCUAAAAAAAGUAUAUCAUGGAAAAGAUGGUAACCCUGAUAAGUUUGCGGUUCAAGGUGUAUCACUUGCUUUGCCUUAUGGAGAGUGCCUUGGUAUUCUUGGUCCUAAUGGAGCUGGAAAAAGCUCUUUUAUUAGCAUGAUGAUUGGGUUUGUAAAGCCAACAUCAGGAAACGCAUUUGUACGGGGUUUCAGCAUACAAAAUGACAUGGAAAAGAUAUACAGCAGCAUGGGAGUUUGCCCACAGAAUGAUAUGCUUUGGGAGACGCUAACUGGCAGGGAACAUCUCCAGUUUUAUGGCCGACUGAAGGGCCUUAGUGGUUCGUCUUUGGAUCUCGCUGUUGAUGAGUCUUUAAGGAGUGUAAAUUUGCUUCAUGGGGGUGCUCCUGAUAAGCAAGUGAAGAAGUACAGUGGUGGCAUGAGGAGGCGCCUUAGUGUCGCCAUCUCAUUGAUCGGAGAUGCUAAAGUCGUGUACAUGGAUGAGCCAAGCACUGGAUUAGACCCAGCUUCUAGGAAGAGUCUCUGGAGCGCUGUGAAGAAAGCAAAGCAGGAUAGAGCAAUCAUUCUCACCACGCAUUCCAUGGAAGAAGCCGAAACUCUUUGUGAUAGACUGUGUAUCAUGGUCGAUGGAAGCCUCCAGUGCAUAGGCACGCCCAAAGAGCUCAUAGCUAGAUACGGAGGGUACUAUGUGCUGACGAUGACAACACUGCCCGAGUUCGAACAAGAGGUCGAAAAUCUGGUGCGCAAGCUCUCACCAAGCUCCAGGAAGGUGUACCAUCUGUCUGGGACACAGAAGUACGAGCUGCCGAAGCAGGAAGCGAGGAUCUCAGAUGUGUUCAUGGCCGUGGAGAGCUUCAAGAAGAGGGUGGAGGUCCAGGCCUGGGGCCUCGCGGACACCACCAUGGAGGACGUGUUCGUCAAGGUCGCCAAAGGGGCCCAGUCCAGCGAAGAACUCUCCUAG